AUGUUCUUAAGCGUCAUCCUCAUUGCCGUCAUCGCCGUCCCAACCGUUGGUUUCCAACGUUCUUCCACAUCGGACUCGACCCCACCGGCCACUGCAGCGAGGACAAGCAGCCCUCGUCGCCGCCCCCGCUUGCUGGGGACGACGGCAGAGGGGCCGUUGGACGAUGACGAUCUGCUCAGGGAGAUCCUCCUUCGCCUCCCCCCGCAGCCAUCCUCCCUCCCGCGCACCUCCCUCGUCUGCAAGCGUUGGCGCGGCCUCGUCUCCGAACCUGGCUUCUACCACCGCUUCCGCUUCCACCGCCGCCACAACCCUCCUCCCAUCCUCGGUUGCUUAGUCGACCUCUACAAUCAGGGAAAACGAUAUAUAUCCUUCAUGUCUACUCUUGAUCCCCCCAAUCGCAUCCCCGCCGAGUGGUUCUCCUUGCAUUUCAACCAUGGGGAUCCCCUCCGGUUACUUGGAUGCUGCCAUGGUCUCGUGCUCCUCUUCUCCAAGACGCGGUUCGAGGUCCUGGUGUGGGACCCCGUCACCGGCGACCGGCACCGCCUAGCCAUUCCCCCGGGGUUCUAUGCGGAGGGGACCGCGAUCACUGGGGCGGUGCUUCGCGUUGCCGGAGACGGCCACCACUCCCUGGUGGCCUUGGCAGUGGCAUGA